CAGACCAUAAUUUCCCGAUCUAGUACCUACACUUGGCUGCCGAUACGGGCCGGCCAUGGGAAGGAUCAUUAAUAUUGGGCCGCUCCUGCCAGACAAAGUCCGUUGCACUUGCUCUGAUACUUGACUGCCAACCCUUUCAAUUCACUUUUCAUUCCUCAUCUAAAAAAUCAUGUCCCCAGCUCAGGAGGAGCAAGAAAAGGCUUCAACGUCCAUCCUCAAGGAGAGACGAUUCAAGCUCAGUAGAGCGUGUGAUCGCUGUCGUCGAAGGAGAAUCAAAUGCGAUGAGGGUCAUCCAUGUCAGGCUUGUCUCACCGCAAAUUCACCCUGUACCUUCGAAGAACCAGGAAAGCGAACACAUCCUCAUAAAUCAAAAAGAACUGCGACCCUAGAAGAUAGAAUGCAUCAACUCGAAACUCUCAUUCAAGCAAUCCCCCCUGCUGUCUUCGCUGCUGGAGGUGCGGGUGCAUCUGCACUUACAUCCUCACAAUUGUUAUCUUCAGAUAACAUUGCUAGCCCUUUGGUGUCUUUCGCCUCAGCAAACCAUAGCUUUCCUUCGGGUGUCCCACCCCCAUCUCUCCACGUUUUCCCACUCACCAAUCCAUCUACCCACUUCAGGGCAUCUCCAUCCAUGAGUUCUCCGCGGGCUCAGAGUCCAAACACGGCAUUUUCCUCCAUGCUUGGGCAGUCGUCUCAUACCCCAAAUGGAUCAAACUGCGAACAACCGGAAGAGACUACACGCAUGUCUAUAUGUGCCUCCUAUCUGUACUUCGAUGAUGAAGGCUACACCCGUUGGCAAGGAGAGACUUCUGGCCUUCCUCUCUUAGACCUUUUGGUCGAAAAUCACACCCAAGUCAAGUCUGAAACGGAGAAAGACUCCCCAGAUCCGGCAUGGGCAAAUCCAUCCCCUCAUACUGCCAACCCAACUUGGUUUCCGAAUAGGACGCCUAGACGCACAGACGUCAAUCCUGAAACGUUGUGGCGCCUUAUCACAUCAUAUAUAGUUCCAGAGCUCAUGGACAGCCUAGUUCAAUGCUUUUUGUGUACUUCUUACUACCUGCUGCCAUUCCUACAUGUUCCGACAUUUCUAGGGGACUAUGGAAAUCCCAGAAAGUGGGGUGAACCCGGUUUCGCAGCGUUAAUUGUAGCUAUAUGCUGCCUCGCGUCCCGUCAUAUCGAUGAUCCGAGAGUACGAUCAGAUCCUAGUGAUGGGAUAUCUGCCGGCACUCAAUGGUUCGAAUUGUUUGGACGCCUACGUACUCUUCCGAUUGCGGACCAUCCCACAUUGUACACUAUCCAGGCCGAUCUAAUCGCCGCGGUCUAUGCUGUUGGUCUGGGAAAACUUUCAAAAGCAGCAGCACUCUUAUCAGAGGCUAUCACCGUGUCGAUAGAUACUGGCCUCCAUCGAUCGGCCGACACCUAUGACCUCUUUAAUCCCAUCGAGGACGAAGUCCGCAAGCGCACAUUCUGGUGCGUAUACCUAUGGGAUAAACAGCUAUCUGCCCACUUUGGCAGACCCCCGAUGAUUCGCCUUCGGGACACAGACAUUGGAGAACCUGCUGUUGUAGAUGACGAGUUCAUCACACUUGAUGGGAUGCUUCCACAACCCGCAGGAACAGAGAGCCGUAUGAGUGCGUUUAUCGCCGCUGUGAGGAUCAUGGUCGUAAUGGAGUCGGUGUUGGACAUACCGCCUCCACGCGAUCGGUCGGGUGACACUUCUCCAUUCUUGUUACGCGCUGCAGGCGUACUGUCUGGCCACGUACGUCCAAAAGACCUGCGCGAAGAGGAAGCAUUGCUAGACGAAAUCCGCCGAUCAAUACCCCCGUACUGGGCGCACACGUCGGCAACAUUAGCGAGUGAUGAUGUGAUCAGGGUCACCCAGGCCGUGCGUUUGCACUGCGCUGAGCAGUAUGUCAGAAUGUUGAUCCAUCGACAUCGCUUCUCAAAUUUUGUGGCGGAGAGAGCGUACAAUGCGCUGAUGGAGGAGGAUCCCGCGGACAUGGAGAAGGAGGAGAUGAGUGCGGCGCAGUCAUGUGCGCUGCAGAUUAUCUCGUCGCACAUGCAGGUAGCAGGGAAGGGUCUGAUGACGUAUUAUGGUGUGCAUGUGAUUCACCAGCUCACACAAGCAGGAAGAACCCUUAUCACCAUAUUGAUUAAUUGCAAGACCGAGAAACUCCAACAUUUGAUUCAGCCGGCGAUUGACGCGCUUCGAUCGUGUGUUGGGUUAUUAAGGCGAUUCAGUGGGCGAUACGUGUGUGGACAAAGAUCAGGCGAUCUGAUGGAAGAAUUUUGUCGUUUGACGCAAAUUCCUCUGGAGCCCUCUCGCCCAGAAGGUCAGGAACAGCCAAGUUCGCGGCCUCCCUGGAUCAGACCUAUCCGCAAGAAAACACCCAGCGUGGCUGCCAAGGGUGCAGGCAGUGACGGUGGGUCGCAACAUAGCAGUCCCGAGGCUUUCUCACCCUCCGAGUUCUUCGUUGACCCUGUUCUUGGAGCCACGAGCCCACAAACCAUACCGCAGAGCGCCUUUUCGCCAGCACCUAUGCCCUCAUCAUCACAAUAUCUACGGCGGUUGUCGCUUUCGGCGCCGAGUUUUAUGGACCCAGGUGGCAUGGGCAUGGACGCGUCUCCGGGAAUGUAUUUGUCGUCACCGGCAGAUAUGAUGAAUAUGUUCGGGGACGGAUCCGUGGAUGUUGCGGCCCUUUUUUCUGGCGCGUCUGAUUUCAAUAUGGGUCAGAGUCUUGCUGAACCACAUGAACCGUUGUACGGGCACAUGAAUGGGGGUAAUAAUAAUCUGAUCGCGUCCCCUUAAAACGGUCGCGUGCAUUCUUAUGCAGUCGAGCUGUAUGAUUUAUUGCAGGCUUUUCUAUUACUGUAUUCCCAUUAUUACUUCGUUGUAUGACGCCAGGCUUUCGCGAAAUAUGAUACAUUUGUUGAGA